AACAAUGCGUUUUAUUAUACUUAAUGGGCUGGGCUUCUCCACCAUAUCGAUUUAAAACGGUGUCGUUUUAGAUUUCGUUUCUUUUUCCUUCAUCGACUUCUAAAUCCCAGUUCUCUUCCCUCCAAUCCUCCAUCGGAGCUCGUUAUCGCGGCCUCACUGUAAAUCGCUACCUUCGUUGUAUCAACAUCUCAGGGAAGCUUCGUUACAUGCGUCAUGGAUGCGAACAAUACCUUCGAUUCUGAUCUGAUUCACGCCAUUUUUAAGCACAUUUGGGCCCGAAGAUUUCGCGAAAGGGAGAGGAGCGAUGCCAUUGAUGCUACGGAAGCUGAGAUUGCUCUGGGAACAACCAAGAAGAACAGACUUGCUUCUGCAAACGCAAAUGCUUUAAAACUCAGCUGUGAACUUCUCAAGAGUUUUGUCUCAGAGGCUGUGCAGCGUGCUGCUAUAAUCGCUGAAGCUGAGGGAAUGGACAAGAUUGAAGCUACUCAUUUAGAGAGGAUUCUUCCCCAACUUCUUUUGGACUUUUAAGAAGGCUGAUAUAAAGCGGAAGAGCGAGAUGUAGGAAUCUUCUUACGGUAUGAAAGAGCAAUUUCUUUAGCCUUCGGAUCUGCAGAAACAGCAAGCACAAUAUAAGAGCUUGUCUAAACUGAGGAUAUAUUAUCUAAUCAAGACUAAAGCUAUCUGUAAACCAAUAGUAAAAAGACAGUACCUUUGCAUUU